AUGACCUCUGAAGUUUCCCUAAAUCUCACCUCCUCAAUCCAGCUCCAAGUGGCUGCAUCUUACACAGAAUCAGUGUUUUACGCUAUAUUCCUGGCUGUUGGUAACCUUGUGGGUCUGUUUGGUAAUGUGCUGGUAAUAGCAGCAACUAUCGGCCAACAAGCCAACCACUUCAAACUAGACCAGGGAACUAUAAUCCUGCUGCGUCACCUAGCUAUAUCUGAUGUGUUGUUCACUCUGCUCUACCCGGUCCCUAUAAUGGUAGUGUAUAUAGCACGGAGCUGGGUGUUUGGAGCGGAGGUGUGCUAUCUUAUAGGACUUAUUAUAAGUCUCCCUGCUACUGCAAACAUGAACUUUAUACUGGUCAUGUCACUCUAUAGAUACGUGAGGUGCAGGUUCCCUUUGAAAGUAACACAAAUUACUCCUUUCAUGGCUACAAUAGGGUGUCUCAUAAUGUGGGCUCUGUCCUGUAUCUUCCCUGUUUACACUCUGGCAGUGAAACUCAGGAUUGUGUUCAACGUUAAACUUGCUUCCUGCAGCUUUACUUUCCCUAAAUCCACUGGAAAUGCUAUCCUAAUCUUCGGAACGACUGUUGUGCCGUUCCUAGUGAUAGUUUCACUAAACGUGUUGUUGUGGUUGCACGUGCGCGCGUUUACUCGGCACUUAUCUGCAAAGCUGGACAGCAAGUCGCGUCGUGAGAUGACGGAGAUGGAGAAGAAGCAGAGUAAGAGAUUCAGAGCUUCUUACAGACAAGGUGUCAUCACCACCACCUUUAUCACCGCGCUCUUCGCUGUCACCUGGAUGCCAACUGUGGUGAGGUUCGCGUACGCUGCAUUUGUUGGAGAAGAUGGGUUAUACGACUGGGUGGAAAAAGUAAGGUAUUUCUACUUCUUGGGGUCGUGGGGGAAUCCUAUAAUAUACGGUAUGAUAAACAAGGGGUUCCAGGACUACUUCAAGUCAUUUGUUAACAGACUCUGCAGGGUUUACGUAGUGGACCCUUCCAAUAACGUGGGUAAAGUUAUGAGCGAGAUACAAGUUAACAUUAGAAAAGGAAGCAAACCGGUCAAUGAUGCGAGUAAGGUAGAUGAUGUUCGUAUUGUGUGUAAAUCUGUAAUGAAAACUGCUGAUGAGCGGGGAAGUGUGUCUCCUAAUAAGCUGGAUGUUUAUGACAAUAAAACAUUCGAUAAUUCGUGUAUUGAGUCGAAAAAAGUAGUUUUCAAGGGAUGA